UUGCUAAAUUAUAUUAAUCAUGAACAACAUCAAUAACGUAGAACAGACUAGCUAUUUCAAUGGAACAACUUCCCAUCAAAUUGGUGACCUCUCAGAAGUUUAUAAAGGUCAGAAAAAUAUGAAAAUCGAAGCAGGCGCUUGUGUACAGCAAAAGUCAAGAAUGAUCAGAAUUAAGACCAGUGAGGAAAUUGAGUUCUUGGAGGAGCAGUUCAAGAAGGACCCUGUCUGGUCCAGGAAGACAGUCCAGUACUGCAAAAAGUUCCUUAAACUACGUACUCACCAAAUCUACAAAUGGGGCUUUGACAAGAAGAAAAACUUGAAAAGGAUGGAAAAUGAGGACAAAGCCUCCAUUAAUAGAUUUUUUGAUGCUGAAUUUGAGCUAAGCAAAAUCUUUCCAGUAAGAAAUUUGGGAGACUCCAUUGAAGACGCUAGCCCUGAUGUUCUAUUCGAUAGCCUCGCAUGUCCCGAAUUCGACUACAACAAAAUCGUUGAUGAGCUCGUCAGGACGUCUAAAAAACUCCAUAACCCCAACAAGUUUAGAAGGUCCGAUCUUGGGGAGGACCGGAAGGAUUUCUGACAAGAAAAAUUUUCAUUGAAGAAUUUUGAUACCGAUGCGCACAAAAAGGAAGUAGAAGAAACAACUGAAGACUCUGGGAAGGACCCUAUGGGUAGUCCUCAGCCUUCUAACCUAUUCAUGGAUCUCUGCGAAGGCCGUGUAUCCAAGGAAACUUCUGAAAAUGAGCAUACUUUCAAAUCCAGCCAGUGAAUGAUUUACGAUUCAGCAGUGCAUCCAUUUUUGGAAGAUUAUCAAGAGGUUGAUUUACAAAGGGAUUAUAUCUUUGAGAAAGAUUCUUUUCUGUUCAAGGACUGUCAGGCCUUCUUAAAUUAAGCUAACUCGCUACAAUAGGCUAUAAGUGUAC